AUGGAUGAAGUAUACCAGAUCUCUUCUACUGAGAAGGUCCAGCAGCUGGAACAAGAACUAGCAGCACAGCUGGCAGAGCUGAAGGCAGAAAUAGAAGACAACAGGAUACUCCAGGGAAUACCAAGUAGUGCAUAUAGUUCUGUUCCAAUUCCAAAGGAUGCAUCUUAUUUCAGGAAAGAAAGGGAGGUAAUAAUAAAGAAAAGCUUACAGGUGGCCGAAGCCAAACCUCUUGUUAUUCAGGCUGAUGUCAUGCAGAGGGAGUUAGAGAGCUGCUGGAGAAGGGAGUACACAGCAGCAAACUUGCCUCUGCUGCUGCAGCAGGUUCUCCAGCAUUUGCCUAUUUCCCACAGGAUAAAUGUGGCUGAUGAGAGAUGUCCUGAUGCGGUCCAAGACAACUGGGACAAAUUAAGAAGUGCUUUUGACAAGAAUUCAGAUAUUUUUAAUAUUGAUGUGUUUCCCUGUUCAAGAGUUUUAAGAAGAAAUGAAUCCUGCCACAAGGACACUGGGUUCACUUUGGCCCGGCACAGCAUUGAAACUGAGGAGCUGAAACCUCAGCUCCAGCUUCUGCUUUCUCACUUUGGUGUUGGCUACAACCUUAAGGACCUCAAGAACUCAGCUGAUGAGAUGGAGCUCUUUUCCCUGGUUGUCCAAAAAUUCAGAAGUGUCUUCUGCAAACAGCAGACGAUGAGAACAUUUCCAGUUUAUGACGCAGAGGUUUCUAGGUCAGAGAACUGGGGCAUGCUAGAUCCAGCCAGGGCUUUGAAAAAGAGAGCCAACUGGAUCCCUUUUUUAAAGAUUAAACCUAAAGUAGAUCCCUGGCAGCAAAAGCUUUUGAUAAAACUGAAACAAUGGAAAAAAGUGGAUAAGCUGAUGGACCUUCAUUCAAAAUUUGUAGAGGUUCUCUUGGUUCUGGUGAUAUAUUGCCAGUUUUGGCCAUUUCGAGGAUAUGCUGCAGGACAGCUCUGUCUAGGCUGGCUGCUUUCCAGCCUCCCUGAAAAAAUGGCAGUGUUCGUUCACAGCUCAGGCCUGCUUUGCGUCCGCAAUGGGCCUGAGGCGCCCCUAACACCUCACAUCAUUGUCUUGCAAAUGGUGGCCAUCUGUGAAGAGUGUGGCUUGGUCACCAAAUACGAUAUGUUUGGUUUUGAUCAAGAAACAUGUACACCUCCUAAAGGGUCAGGGGUAACAGUCUCAGACAUGGAGAGGGUGAUGGAGGGUCUCCAGGAUCAUGCAGCAGUGGUGUUUGAAACACAUCAUGCGCGGUCAAGUUCUGCUGCUUCUGCUCAUGCCUCAGGACAGCAGAGCUACGAUCACAUCUGGAAGAAGAUCUAUGAGUUCCACCAGGAACUAACUACUGAGGAUAAUAACACAGCUGUGGCUCACAUUGGGGAGGAUGUAGGAAAUAUCAGCUCCAGUAAGCCUGCAGCAUCCUUCGGAAAGAAGAAUGAAAGAGGGUAUAGUUAUAUGGGCAGCUCGCAGCUGCUAGGAUUAGAAGAGGGCACGACUGCCCACCGGGAGCAUGUGGUGAGGAGAGGAGCUUACUUGUCCCUUCUUUUCCUACGUCACCUGAGACUUCGGGAGCUAAAGCGACUGUGCCUGGGGAUCCUUAACUACUUCAGGUCCGUGGAGAGAAGCUUGACCAUCAGUACCUCUGGCCUCUCCUUCAAGGCUGGUCACCUAAUUCCCAGUGCAGAAGACACCUCUUGGGUCAGUGCUGCCAAAGGAGGCACUGGUGCUUUUGGUGGCCUGAGUUCACAGCCAUAUGUUCACUACACACCGGCAGACUACAAGGUCCACAGCACUCAGUUCAUGGAGUUUGCAGAGGUGGAAAACCACGGCGACUUUCACACUAGUGAAGAUGGAUACAUUCACACACAGGACCAGCGAGGUGUUUACAUAAUAUACGAUGUGGCUUUAGAGGACCUGAAGGAGCUUGAGAACCAGCUGCUGCUUGUGGCCAGCCAGUACAUCAAGAAAGAGAAAAGUAAGGUAUCUACACGUCCAAAAGACCUCAACAUCCUUGGCUGGGCACAUGCCUCUGUGGAUCGAUGUGCUGUUCUGCUUGACCUCUGGACCUGUGAAACUGCUUUCUUGGAAAAAAAAUGCCAGCUUCUAGAUGUUUACUUUGAAGCUUAUCAACAUGCUCUGGACCCAGAGGAAAGAUUUGCUUUAGCCCAAGCUAUAAUUGACAUCAUGCAUAAACGUCCAAGGUUUGAUCUCAAGCUUGAAUAUUUUGUCAACACCUACAAAGAUGAAUGCAUCUGUUUACAACUUCACCUCCAGCUGCUGAAGGACAUAGUAAACCAACAAAUAGAUGCCCAGAGGGAAUACCUUCACAAGAUUUGGCGGGAAGGUCAGAGAGGUGGCAUUGGUGAAUUUGGGCUUCCUUAUAAUGUAAUUACUAAGCAGCUUAUCUCUCUUAACACUAGCCGUCCUACUUUGAAGAACAUUUAUUUGCUGGAGUUUCACCCUUCUCUUGGUCUGGUGUACUUGAUCCCCAAAGCUCUUGAGUAUAUCUACCAGGAAUUCUACGGCAUCUGCAGGCCAAAAACAGCCAGCAAAACAAGUAAUCUAGAAAAACAAGUACUUCAGCUAGUAGUUGAUGAGUGGCUAACUAUGGAAAAACCAGAAACUUUUUACAACUCUCAGAUUCAAAAAGAUUUAUUUGCUGAGGUCCUGAUAGAAGACCCUGCACUGGUGCAAGAGAUUGCUCUGUCACUAUUAGAGGAAGGAGCAGACGAAGAAAAAAAGACCAGCAGAGAAAAACAGCUCUUUAUCCUGGAUUCCUUCUCCAUGCUCCUGGAGCUUGCCAUGCUCCGCCAUCGGCUGAUAGAGGUAUCAACAGAGAGUGCGCUGUUGGCCAGGUUAUAUAAGGCUUUUGCCAUGGAAGCAGGUUUUGGGGAGUUCCAUUUGUACCUGAGGCCCAUGCUGUUUGAAUCUGCAUCUCACGGGGAGAAAGCAGACCACCUCCCACCACUAUACAUUACAUCUCUCCUGGAAGACGACAGCUGUGUUGACAGAUAUAUUCCAUCCAGCUUACCAUUAAGCAUUCAAGAAAUCGACAGUCAUAUUGGAAAGUUUAGUUUCCGUACAAGAGAUGGUGUUAUGCAGCUCUUGUGUCCAUCUGCAAUAAGGAACAUGCAACUUAUUCUGGCCUGUCAGGUCAUUCAGAAGAAUGCUCUUUUGGUGGCAGUUCAGCAAGCCUCCUUUUGUUACUUGGUCCAGCCUCCCCGUACCCUGGACAUCAAGGACACCCCGUCCGUCCCCCCUCAGACCCCUCUUGCAUCCCCCGAUGCUCCCCACGCUCGGUCCCUGGCCACCAGGCAGUACCCUCAGCUCAUUCCUGUGUAUGGGAAGUGCCCAUGUUUUGCUGUCUAG